GUAAAAUUACAAGAGUAAAAUUUCCGUAGUUAAAAUUAUUUUACUCGAAAAUAGUAUUUUUUGCUCUGAUUUGAGGUGAAAGAACAAAACAAGAGUUGAGAGACACGCGGAGUUAGAUCUGAAUAACGGAGUCAUAAUUUUGACUCCUCCCCGAGGGCAACGCAGUUAAGUUUCGUUUUGUCCGCCAUUACGCCGAUGGUCAUUUCACCUGCAACCGAUCUGGAGAGAAGUCUGCUAGGAAAAUAACAACGCAAGAUGGAGGCAACUGUUAGGGUGAAAUAUAAGGACAGAAAGAAGUACUUCUUCCUAACAUCACCUUUUCAAUUCAAAGUAUUUUUGGAAAGUGUUGCCAAGAAGUUUGAUCUACCCACCCUGGAUAUUAAAGUCUAUGAUGAAACCAGGACCGAAAUCGAUGAUGAGGCAUUCGAAUACAUUCUAAAACAACAGGAUAUUGGGGUUUUAGAAAUUGUGAUCCCAACAGCAAGCGUUGAUGAUUCCUUCAGUUCUAGUUUGAUUGGCGAUGGUGAGCCUUCAUCAGGAUCUGAUGACACAGCAAUAGUGAUCAGAAAUCCCUCAGAAAAAAGAGAUGCAGAGGAUCGUCGUCUGGGUCGAAUGAUUGAGGACAUCCUCAAGAGUAGCCCUGGAGGUGAUAAGAUCACACAUGAGUAUGCUCGCACAAAAACAUUGUCAGAUGUCAGAAGACGUGACCUAGUGAAAAUACUAGUUGCACAUCUGACAAAUGAGCAUGGCACAAGCCCCCCUAGGAGAUUGAAGGAGGAAUACGCCAAAGGAAUCAUCUGCCUUUUUCCUUACUUGGCUGACCCCCUGAGCAAGCUUGGCUAUGAACAUUUUUAUAAUGCUGAAGAUGGAAGUGGGUAUUUGGCUUGGAGAAUCAAAACUCUGCAGAAAGAGGUGUCCGAGGGGCGAAUGAAACGGUCACGACAACUUCAAACAGGUGGGCCAACUUCACACAGGGAUCCAUUGAAAGAAGACAUCCAGUGGGACGGACAGCAGUGUCAAGAAGCAAUUGCCCUGAUGAAGCAUUCCACGGAUGAAGUUGUAGUGAAGGAGAAAAUGAGGCUAACCCUGGCCUAUCGUCAGAAGUUGCUGCACGAUCCUGAGAACUCAGCCGACAUCCUAUCUGUUUUUCCUCGUUUCUUGGACAUUCCAGGUUUGAUUGAUCAAGAUUUCAGGAGUCUUUUUGGUGACGCAACCUCUGCAAAGAUGUUGGAGAAGUGGACCACCAACUUUCAAGCAAAGGUUGUUACUCAGUGUCGUGGGCUUACACUGACUGGAGAUGUACAAGACCUCAUCCAAAAUGCUGAAGCCACUGAAGUAGAUGAUGGCUGGGACAGUGACAUGUCAUCAAUGCUGUUGCUGGUUCACCUUCUGCCACCUUCAAGCCAAGGCCGAAAAAGACCAGGGAAAAUCUCAGCCAGACAAGCAUGCGACAGUCUUGUAAAAUUCAUCAAGAUUGGGACCAGCAUCCAAGCACACCUGGACAACAUCUCUGGGAGUCUCCAGCCAUACCUACUUGCUGUUGGUGCCAAGAAGAGCAUGAUCGAGUCUUACUACAUCGUGAUCGACAAACAUGCUCUACCCUGUAAGACCUCAACUUCAUUGGCUUGUGUUGAUGAACUUUUCAAAGCACAUUUCGUCUUUGGCACAAGAUACUGUCAGGAAUUGACCAAUGUGUACACCUUUCUGCAAACCACUGUCUAUGACAUAGAUGUGGAAAACACCAAGGUAAAUCCUAGAGUUGCAGAGUUGAGGGCCAGGAUGCAGAAGUAAACUCCUAUGAUCUGCUUCAUUUGUGCAAGAUGUCAUGCCAGUGUCAAUGCCUUGAUUAAGCACUUUAAAUUGGUUCAUGGUCUUUGUCCCGGAAAAACUCUAAGGUUAAAAUGUGCUCAAAGGGGUUGUGCACAUGUAUAUAAUAGUUUUUCUGGAUUACGAAAGCAUCUCACUAAGUGUUCUUUGCGUGACAGUUCAAGUGUUAAUGAAAGUUCAUCUUCAGCCAGUUCCGUUUCAGUUAGGGAUGUAGACCUUUUACCACAUGAAAAUGUAGCUUGUGAAUCUGAACUCCUUCCAAAAAAUAUAGUAAAAAGUUGUGCGACAAUUGUUGCAGAACUGAAAGUUGCUGGGGUAGCAGAGACCACCAUUAAUAAUGUUGUCAACUCUGUUGGGGAAGUUAUUGAUGACAUACAAAACGAAACUCUAGUGUCAGUGAAAAACGGUUUAUCUUUACAGGAACCAAUGAAAAGUGUUGUGGAAUCUCAAAUUGAUCAGUCAUUCCAAAAAAUUGAAAAUCCAUUCUUGGCAUUCAACUCUGAAAGCAAGAGAAUGCAGUACUUUUCUGAGCAAUGGGGGAAAAUUGAUCCAGUCGAAUAUGUCCUUGGGACAAGGUUUGCUACCAGACGUAAUACAACAAAUGGGUCAUUUUCUCAAGUUGUUGUCCGAGAUAAGUUUACAUAUAUUCCCAUUCUUGAGACUUUGCGGUUCAUUUGUAAGCAUCCUAAUAUUAAUGACUUUUUAAGUAGAGAUUGGGAAAAGAAAGAAACGUUUCUCUAUGAUAUACAGGAUGGAGAAUUCUUUAAAAGUCAUGCCCUUUUCUUGAAACAAAACCAUGCGUUUCAGAUCCAGCUCUUUUUUGAUGAGUUUGAGUGUUCAAACCCCCUUGGGUCCAAGCGUGGAAUACACAAGUUAGGAGCCAUCUAUUUUACGUUGAGAAAUAUUUCUCCAAAAUAUAACUCAAAUUUACUUGCCAUCCAUUUGGUUUCAUUAUUUCACGCACAAGACAUCAAAACGUAUGGAUUUGAUAAGAUCCUUGAGCCACUGGUCAAGGAUAUAUCUCGUCUUGAAACUGAAGGAGUUCAGAUUCCCCUUUAUGAUCAUGCUGUUUACGGAACCAUCAUUCAAGUUACAGGAGACAACCUUGGUAUCCAUUCUUUAUUUGGUUUUGUAGAAUCGUUCAGUGCUCGUUAUUGUUGUCGUUUUUGCCUACUUGAGAAGGAAGAUUUUCAAACGGAGUUCAGUGAAGAUAGCAGUAAGAUCUCACUUCGAACCAAAGAACUUCACGCAGAACAUUGUGAGGUUAUCAAGAGUAACCCUCAACUUCCUUAUGUUAUGGGCGUGAAAAAGUCGUGCCUUUUAAAUUCCUUGCAAUAUUUUCAUACGGCGACAAAUUUUUCAGUCGAUAUCAUGCACGACAUAUUUGAAGGGGUUGCCCAAUUUGAGAUGAAGCUCCUUCUGCAACACUUGGGUCAGAAUUACACAACACCGGCAGAAAUACACAGACGAAUUCAGAGUUUCAAUUAUGGUCGCUUGGAACAGUGCAACAAACCUCCAGGUGUUAAUUUAGUUGAGGGUUCUAAUGACUUAAGCCUUAAUGCUACACAAAGCUGGUGUUUGCUGCGCCACCUCCCGAUUAUAUUCGGGGAUCUUGUUUGUUCAAGUGACCAAAACUGGUAUCUAUUCAUUUUACUGCUUCAAAUAGUCAGCAUAGUUUUGUCUCCAGCCAUAUCGAGUGGCAUAACUAUAUAUUUGAAGCAUCUGAUUUCUGAACACCACAGUCUAUUCAAGUAUUUAUAUCCCCACAAGAAAUUAUUGCCCAAACAUCAUUUCUUAAUCCACUACCCGACGUCGAUGCAGAAACUUGGCCCUUUGAUACAUAGCUGGUGCAUGCGCUACGAAGGAAAACACAAUUACUUCAAAAGACAAAUAAAAAGUUUUAAAAACAUUACAAAAACAUUGGCCAAAAAACACCAAUGUCAUGUGGCAUAUUUGUGGCAAACAUUUAAUCCAAAUGAAUUGAAAUUAGGCCCUGGCAAAAUGGUCCCCUUGAAUAGACUAGAAUCCUACACAGAGAUCGCUGUUAAGCUCAAUGUUCCCGUUUGGACAACGAUCUACAAUGUAAAAUGGAUAAAGAGUUUUGGGAAUUUGUAUCGGCCUGGGCUGGCUGUUUGCAUAGGAGUGGAGAAUGAGAUGCCUGUGUUUCAUGUAAUCCAGAAUAUUGUUGUAAGAGAUGAGUGUGUUCUUUUUAUAACGACUGCUAUGAAAACUCUUUAUUUAGAGGAACAUGUCCAUGCUUUCAAGGUUAUGCACACCACAGAAGCACCCAUUGUUUUGGAAUUUAAAGACCUUUUGCACCACAAGUGUUUUGAUAUUUUAAUGUCAUGUGGUCUUGAUUCAGAUUUGUUUAUAAUCCCUUCUUUUUUCAUGUAAUGCUUUUUGUGAUGAGGAUAAUUUUCUAUUGAGAGCAAAUAUUUGGUGCCAAAUAAAGACAUGUGGAAUAAUU